CACUCCUGUGCUGCGCGCGCGCAACUCGCCGCGCCACGAUCACUUUGCGCACGCGCGCUGAGCUUACGCGCGUAUCCGUGUAAUAUGCGUCGGUGGUGAAGUGGCUGUGAAGUGUACGAUAUCGAUUUUGUACAAAGACCGUGAUCUGUGCUUACACUGCGAAAAUGAGGUCUUGCUGCGCUGUGGCGCUUCUUACCCUAGCGAUUAUAACAGAAUGUUUCGGCGCCCAGUCAGACCGUUCCCGGUCGAGAUCCGGCCCGAUCCGCAGCGUGCCCGUAGCGGCCGACAUCAAACGGGACGUGGAUUUCGACUGUCCUGAGGAGUUCGGCUACUACCCCCACCCCACCGACUGCACAUUGUACUAUGUCUGCGUGUUUGGCGGCGCACUACUCGAGUCAUGCACUGGUGGCCUUAUGUACAGCCACGAGCUCCAAACGUGUGAUUGGCCGCGCAACGUAGGCUGUGACGGCACCAGCGCGGUCGGCGGUGAGGAGUUGGAGAGGAUCAACGAACGCGAUCCCCCCCCUCCGCCUCCGCCACCGCCUCGCCGCACACCCCCGCCGCCACCGCCGCGUGCUCAACCCAACCCCGUCGUUACCUCAAGAGGACAGCCUAAAUUCAGCCGACAAGAAUACGAAAAGCAACAACAACUUUACGCGGAAGUAGACGACCUACCACCUGUCGAGGAAAUUGAAAGUGACAGACAACAACGCGUUUACCGAGGACAGCCUCCUACUAUAGGACAAGUUCAAAAGGACAGAGAUGGCUACGGAGCUCAACAAAUCAGUUCCGGAAGAAAUCUGAAUUCUAACAUUAUUCCUGCGUCGAUACCUCAGAACAACGGUAAAAUAGGCUCCUUCUCAUUCGGCUCUCAAGUCGAUGAACGACGAACUGCUACGGUUACCCCGGCACCCCAAUCUUACAGUGAAGACAAAAGUGACACCGUGACUGACUCUUCUAAUGACAGACAAUUAGACGUUGAGACGAAUGAAAUAGUUACUAAUGAUUUGACUGAAAAACCAGUCUUAAGAAGGAAAAGGGAAGUGGUAGGAACAGACUUAGGUGUUAAUGAAACAACAACUACAACCACAACAAAACCAGAAGAAAUGUCAGAAAGAAGCGACAGUGGUGAAGAAAUGGAGUAUAUUGAGAUAGAUACUGAUGUUGAAGAUGCCGAUGGUUCACCUUUAGAUGAUACUGAAAGAGGAAAGAGACAAGUUAGAUACUAUUUAAAAAAUGGUUAUAAGACGCCUGGAAAAAACUGGGCCUUUUUAAAGCCGUUGAAACUUAUUGAGUUCCCACAGUCACAAUUUAAUGCAAAUGUUCAAAAUGCAAGAUACCAACAGUUUAGUAAUAAUUUAAAUAACAACAAUUUUUAUGAGAUCACUCGACGACCACAGCCUUAUAAUAAUAAUUUAUAUUCUACAGCCAAUCCCUUCCUAACCUAUCAAGUUAGCAACUCCCAAGGAAUUUUUAAACCUAGUUUACCAGAUCCUUCAAGUCAGCCUGCUCACAAUCCCCUAAACUCUGCAACCCAAAUAAUAACCAAAAGUCCCCCAAUAUCAUCACUAAACAGUGACACAUUUCCUUCAAUGGCUGGUGGUUUCUUUAAUAAUAACGUUCCCCAGCAGAGUAAUGUACAGUAUCAGAUGUAUUCAUCAACACCAUCAAACGUAAACCAUCAAAACAGUCCAUUCGUGUUUCCUGAUUCAUCUCAUGUUCCUAGUACGAUCGUCACGGGUAAACCUGUCCCAGUACCCACAUCACCUCGGCCUCAGGAAAAUUACAGAAAUUCUGAACAAGAAAGGAAUAAAUAUCAGCAACAAAACCAACAACCGAUAAGAAAUAACCAACACCCAGUAAGAAAUGUAAAGGUCUUGUCGCCUCAUGCUCAAAAACCAACAGACGAUAAAGAUUAUGAUGAUGAAGAAAAUUCUAACGAAGAGGAUGAAUCUUCAGAAGAAGAGGAAGACGAGGAUGACGACCGUCAUAGGGAUGAUUUCCCACCACCGCCUUAUGAAUUUACCCACCCAAGUCACAAAUAUAAAGAUAUAGUAAAUCCUUUCGCUAAGCCAGACUUUGAUUUUGAUGCAUAUUUGACGAAGUUAAGCAAUGGUCAGUAUAAUCCUGGAAAUCAACAUCCAAGACCAGUGGCAAUAGUGAAACCUACGAUUGAAGUAACGACGAUUUCCCAACUCGGUGCUCGAGGACCAAGUUCAACUGUAAGUUAUAAAGGAAUGAGUACACCAAAACCUUUUACCGUACCUUCUGGACCCGGAAGUUCUGUAGCAUUAAUCGUAAAUAGUGCAAGACCAUCAUCGGCACCUAUUAAACAAGGGCAGACUUAUGACCAGGUUAUUCAAAGACCAGAACCGAUAAGGCAAACCCAACAACAGCAGCAGCAGCAACAGCAACAGCAGCAACAACAACAGUCUUCUAAUGAUAACGCUUUUGUACCUCGUCAAACUGCUGGUACUCCACUUGAUGCCAACAGGCCAAAGUUGAAACCACCAAACUUCAAUGAUGACCGUCAAUUACCAAUUAGUUAUAGCUUCAGCAGACCAAUCAGCAGCACCCCUAAACCAACGCAAGAUAAUAAAUAUAAAGGAGAGACUCAUCAUACUUUUUCUGUUACUCCUAAGCCAUACUUAUUAGUCACUGGGACAGGCUCGCCUAUCAUUCUGUCCACACCUAAACAUCAGUAUAUAGUCAAACCAGAAAAGAUCAUAUCCCUUCAACCACACAUAGUUGCAACUGCAAAACCAUACUUAGUGUCAUCCAUCAAACCUCAUAGCGCCUACGCAAUAAUAAAAAAUUCUACACCUAAACCUCUGUCGGCAUUGGCACAUCAGCAACUAUCAACUCUACAACAAUACUGGAACAAUCCAUCUACCGAAUCUGUUACAUUCCGUACCGUUUCAUUUAAGCCUAGCACACCAAAGAACAUUCAAAACCUCGGAAACUUGUUUGCAGAAGCUGUAAAGUCGACUCAAAUGCCAAUUAAAAAUUAUAGUAACCAUCAAAAUGCAGCAAACACAUACACCAACAGCCCAAUAACUACAACCACAACUACGACAACACGAGCACCGCUUAAACGCAGACCAAUUCCAAAACCUUCUCCAGAAAUGGCUGAUUACUAUUACGAUGAUGAAGAUGAACAAUACUACUAUGAACCGGUAGUUAAACCAAAGUACAUGCCCAGUACUGAAGUGAAACCACAAAGACCACCAAUGGCCCAGAAUUACAAAGAAUAUGACGAUAGUUAUGAAGAAAACGCUGAACCAUCUAAAGUCAGAGCUAAGCCAAAACCUACACGAGUACCAAUGAAGUAUAAUGUUUACAAACCAGAAAGUGCCACUAAAAAUCUUAAUGAUGUAUCUGUUGUUACCAAAUCUCCUAUGAAAGAUUUUAACAAAAACAUCAAUGGAAAAAUACCUAUUCCGGUAUUAGUAGACUACGGUACCCCUACCCCGAAUUCAUUGAUUCGUCCUGAAAUAUCUAAUUACCAAAUCGUGCACCAUAUGCCUAGAAAUAGAACUAUUAUGCAUAUAAGAAGACCAGUUACUGAAAAUGGACCGAAUACCAUUAAACCUCCCAAAUAUUUGAAUCAAACGACUUUGCGUCCCUAUACAGUUAGGCAUAGGUUAGCUAAGCCGACAACACUUCAAGAAACUUCCCAAAAUGAUGAUAAGCAGACCAGAGGAAGAGUAAGACAUCCGAAUAUUGUUGCACAAAUGAAAUUGACAACUCCUCGUGAUAGCCACAACCAAGAGACUAGAUUUACAAAGACUAAACAUGACGAUAAAACAAACAGCUUGGAACCGACAGAAAGCGUAGCUCCAGUUUCCUACUCAGCAAGUCCUCGACCGAAGAUGUUAUACAAUGGAUCUCAAAACUAUAGUCCCGAUCAAUACGACCCCUUCUACGCCGUAUAUGAUGAAGAUGGUGAAUUGUACAAAGAUACAGACUACGUUCAGCAAUAUAACACGGCUUCGCUCCGCCCAGCUGUUCAGCAGACCUACCGAGGCACCCCGCCCCCCGCACCUGCCAGGAGACCUGUGGAGACCUAUACGCCGAGGCCAGCACCUGCUGAUUAUGAUGAUGAACUUAUACAGCCUCAGAUAAACAACCAGAACCAAUACCAAGCGCCAAUUCGCCAUUCGACAAGGGGCGAAGGUAAUGAAUUGGGGUACGAUCAUAACCCAAGCAGCGUGAGGACGACUUUGUACGAAGCCACCACUCAAAGCACUACUCCUCCCACUACUAGCACCAGCACGACCACAAAACGCCCUACUACAGCACCCUACACUGAAGCAAUGACCCCGUCUCGAUAUACCCCAAGAUCAUCCACAGAUGAAAGUCCAAUUCCUGAAUCCUCUUCAAAACCUUCAGACGAUGUAUCGUCGGUUCCUACCACGCCAUCAUCCACAAUAAACUUUUCCUCUCUUGCCAAACCUUUUGAAAAGACUGACAAUGUGUUUAGAUUAAAAGAGACGAUAUCCUCGACUGAAACGCUUCCAACCUCAUCAAGACGUUCUUCUGAAGUGACUAACAAUAAUAAUAAUGUGGAAGUGGUGAGAUCCAAGUCCAACAGAAAUAAUAAAAAAGUGUCACUAACAUCAGGUUUUUCAAUCAGACGUAAUCCUAAUAAUACCAAUAAUCCCUAUACGUUGACUGUUCUAACGCGACCUUUAGAAGAUUUCGAUAAGGCUCGUAAACCCAGUAGUCGCGGUGAUCGCGGUAAUGUUAGUAGGCAGAGGCAAUCGGAUAGGUAUUAUUACGAUAGUAGCAGUGAUAGCAAGGACGCGUCAGUUGAACCUGUAGUUGAAUCAAAUAGUAAAUACGAAACGUCAUCCGAGAACUCGAUGCGGAGAAAUGAUUUCGGUCCCGAUAACAGCGAAGAUGAUUAUGAUAUACCUGUCUUUACAAGACCAACGAGUAGAACGAAAACAGUGAAGUCUAGAAUUAGGACCACGACGAUUCCAUCGACGACAUCUACAAAAUACCACAUAAAGACCGUUAAUACACGGCCUACUCCAUUUUCUUAUAAUAAUCAAGAAAUUGUAGACUCCACAGAAAAUGCUAUUAAUACUGAGGCUUUGAUUGAGACUGGUUUACAAAAUGCUCGUGUUAUUGAGCUAUCAACCGAAGCUCUUAACAACACAUUAAAUGAGCAACUACCGACAAGAGAAUAUGAUAGAUCUCAAUACGUUUGGACCGAACCUCCUGUUUCGCCUUUCAAAACGUUAGAUAAUUUACGUAAUACUUAUAGGAACUUUGAACGUGAACACACUACCUCUACUACAUCUACUACUGUAUCUACUACAACUACACAUAGGCCGACCAGAAUACGCAAUGUCAAAAAACAAAAACAUUCGCGUAAACCUUCCUACUAUAGUUACAGAUUAGAGGACGAAAGUGUCCCUGAUCAAACUACAGAAAUAUUUAAUGGUAAAGUUAAAACGGUCAUCAAAGCUUUCUUGAACAAUUUUGUAAGUUCACCUGAACCACAAAUUGUUGAAGACUUCUCGACAACAACUACAACACCAAAACCUACAACACCUAUACAAAGAAACGAUGAUGAAAUCGUAAACAUAGGAUUCCAGAAGAAAACGUUGAAGUAUGUGGAUGAAAAACCUUUGCGCAGCAAUGUGAAACGUCUACAAAUAAUAACAGAACCACCUUUAAGCAGGUUUGUGACUCCGAGUCCUGAAUCUAUUAGCUUAACCGAGGAGAGCGAGGUUAAAGAUUUUUCAUCGACAACUACAACUAUGACCACAAUGAGUAGCACUCCCUUCGCUUACACCAAUCUACCAACAUCUCCAAUGGCGAUUCUCAGUUCAACCAGUGAUCUUAGGAACAUACCAAGUAGGGAUCCCUAUCAAUCUAAAUUCAGUAGUUUCAUAACUAACAAACCGGAAAAUGAAGGCUCGCUCAAAUUCCAAAAUAUUAUCAAUGAAGCUCCGUCUACUGAAAGUAACAUUCGGGAAAUGGACGUUAACGAUGAAGUAGUUAUUCAGACCACGCAAUCCGUUGUGGAGGAUAAAGCUUCAACUGAGACUGAAAGGCGACCUAGCAUACUCGAGAGCGAAAUCGCAUCGACGACAAGUACUACGAAAUCGACUACGACUAUGAAGAUUGAACCGACGACUUCAACGACUAAAAGUAUAUCCUUUCCACCGCGAGCCUCACGAGUCAAUCCCGCCAUAAAGUUAGCUGCGACAAACCCAGGAGGUGGGCGCAGGAGUUACCAAUCGUCGUCCAAAUGCUCAUCAGACAACAGUCUGCAAGCGAACCCAAAAUGCAACGAAAUCAAAUACCAGAGGCCAACGAGUACGCGAGGCCGCGGCUCUGCGCACUACUCCACAGCGAGCGAAGCGCAGUCGCCGCAACCAGCGCCCAACAGGGGAACACCACCAACUCGCAGCCGACCAACAUUGAAGCCAUCGACGGCUAUUGUCUCCAAAACGACUGAGUUUGUUGACAUCUACGCGCACCCACCGACCAGGCCUGACCCAGUGUACCCUCAGCCCACUCCUGACAAGACUGCAGCCAAGUGCAGGAAGGAUGUAUGUCUUCUACCUGACUGCUACUGCGGUGGCAAGGAAAUACCUGGCGACUUGCCGGUGGAACAGGUGCCUCAGAUUGUUCUACUGACCUUCGACGACUCUGUAAACGACUUGAACAAGGGUCUGUACGCUGACCUGUUUGAGAAGGGCCGCGUCAACCCUAACGGCUGCCCCAUCUCCGCAACAUUUUACGUGUCCCACGAGUGGACCGAUUACAGUCAAGUACAGAACCUUUACUCCGCUGGACACGAGAUGGCAUCACACACUAUUUCCCAUAGUUUUGGAGAACAGUUCUCUCAAAAGAAAUGGUACAGAGAAGUGGGUGGCCAGAGAGAAAUCUUAGCUGCUUAUGGUGGAGUUAAACUUGAAGAUGUGAGAGGAAUGAGAGCGCCUUUCCUUUCCGUCGGUGGCAACAAGAUGUUUAAAAUGUUGUACGAUGCGAACUUCACUUACGAUUCGUCUCUACCCGUUUACGAGAACAGACCGCCUAGCUGGCCCUACACUCUUGAUUACAAAUUGUUCCACGAUUGUAUGAUACCGCCUUGCCCUACAAAAUCUUAUCCAGGUGUAUGGGAGGUUCCUAUGGUGAUGUGGCAAGAUCUGAACGGUGGACGUUGUUCCAUGGGUGACGCUUGCGCCAAUCCUCCCGAAGCCGAGAACGUGUACAAGAUGAUACUGAAGAACUUCGAUAGACAUUAUACUACUAACAGGGCACCCUUCGGCCUCUACUACCACGCCGCCUGGUUCACGCAACCGCAUCACAAGGAAGGUUUCAUCAUGUUCCUGGACUUCAUCAACCAGAUGCAAGACGUGUGGAUCGUCACCAACUGGCAGGCAUUGCAGUGGGUCAGGGACCCCACGCCUAUCAACAGGCUCAACAACUUCCAGCCGUUCCAGUGCAAUUAUCAGGACCGGCCUAAGAAAUGCAACAACCCUAAAGUGUGCAACCUCUGGCACAAAUCCGGAGUCAGAUACAUGAGAACGUGUCAACCGUGCCCCGAAGUAUACCCCUGGACCGGCAAAUCUGGAAUCAGAUCUUCACGCAUAGACAACGACAUUGGAGAAUAAGCGGAUUAGUUACUAUAGCAUAAUAAUACCAAUCUCGAUAUUACAGUAAAAGUUGAUUGUUGGUACAUCAAAUGUAUCAAUUUAACGAGGCAAGGAAGGUUUCGUUUACUCACAGUAGAAAUUGUUUUGUCACCAACUGAAGAGUGCCAUGUAGAUAUCGAUGGUCACAAAGCAUACGAUGACAAUUUCAUAGUAACGAGGAUGUUCGUUACAAUUCUCUAAAUACGUCCUAAAUGUAUUGGAAACUGUGAUAUUAAGUGUUUUCAAUCGUCUAGUGUGAAGACAGCGUCGAUUUCAUUAGUUGUAGUUGCAUGAUCUACUUGUAACAAUACUCGUGCAAUGUUUUUUGCAAUAUUAAUAUUUCCUAUUUUGUGUUCGUUUUAGUUUGUAAUCCUUAAAUUAAUGCAGACGUUUUGUUUAGUUAGAAGUUUUUGUAUGUCAUAAUCGUGAUAAUCAAUUUACAGUCUCCAGUAUUUAUCUCAUACAUCCUAAAAAUGAUUACCAUUUUCCGAGUAAUUUUAAACGAAAGCCAUAUUAAAAUUUAGAAAAUAUGUUUUUCUAAUCUUGCCAGCUUCGUGGUUGACACUGCCUUUUAUAAUUUGUAAAUAUAGAUGUAGUUAGCGAGUAAAAUUUAGUUUAGGGUUGUAUGUACGUUCUCGUUGUGGUUUUUAUCCAAGUCCUAAAAAGUACCUUAUAAGAUUAAAAUUUUGGAUUCCUUCACUUGCAAAAAUAGCCAAUUGGUUUGUACACUAAAGUGUGUAGUGUGUAGCAUUGUGUAGACGUCUGUCCACAUCGCAUUUGUGUUCAUCUGUGAUGUUGCACAUGUCUAUACAACUGUUGAUUCAUCCGAGGACGUAUUAUAAAGCAUAAUAAUUAUUGAUAGGCGAAUUCCCGUUUGAGUCAUUAACCCUUUUUUUACCUUAGCUUAAAUCUUGUAGCUUCUUUAUCCAAAUUCUCGACUAUGACUCCAACGGUAAAUUCAAUCUUCACUCUAUUAGAAUUAAAGCUUUGGUUUGCUAUUGCAACUGAAGUUAUUGGAAGCGCUUGCUACGAAUCUUAUUUAAAAACUUAUUCAUUAUUUAAUAAGCUCUACUGUAAAUAUAGGAUUAGUAUUUAAAAUUGGUAGUUUCACUUUUUUAUUAUCGUCUCGGCUAGAAAAAUGUAUCUCGGACAUGACUCCGCACUGAGGUCGUAGUGCAAAACUUUAGAACAAGUUGAUUUUGUAUUUUGUAUCGGCAAACAUUAUUUAUAUUGUACAAGAACUGUAACACUUUUUGUGACCAGUGCUGAAUAAUAAAAUGCUAUAAAUA